GAACAGCUGAAGAGUAUUUUUAGCAGCAAUGGCGAACCUGUAUACGUCAUCAACAUCACUCAUGGUCUGCGGGUGGGGAGAUGGAGCAUCAUGGGAAAUCACAAAAUGGUCGUGUCUGAUGACGUCAGUCCCGGUGCCCUGAUCAGGGGCGUGGCCACAGUCUCCGUGUCCUGGGGGUCCUACAGCAUGUCCUCCAGGACGGUCCCAUCCAACUACGUCAUCGUCCCCUACCCGGAAGUCACGGCCCAGAACGUCUCUUUACUAAACCAGCCAAUCAUGGGGCUGUUCACGACCCUCGUGACCAUCCGGUCGUCACGUGACAUCGUGAAUGGCGACUUUGAGUGUUACACGCCCCCCGAGAUGAUAUCCAAGGAGGUGCGGCUGACAGUACAGAACAUGAUGGUGGACACCAACGGCACCCACGGGAUGCCCAGCGAGACCCUGGAGCUGCUGGACAGUCUACAGGGCGGCAAGAUGUCCUCGCUGGGCUCCUACCAAAAUAACAUCGGGAUUCUCCGACUGCCCCGGGUCCCGCUGGCCAACUUCACGAGCGAGAUGGUCGUGACCUCGACCUUCACGGUCCGGGUCGAGGAUUACAGCGAGUUAAAGGACGGUGACAUCUGGCCAAUCAACAUGGGCACCAACUUCCACAACAACGUCAUGUGGGUGGGGAUGAUCCAGGUCACCAUCGACGCUCCCCUGGUGCGACUUCCGGUCCUGCUGGUCAGCAUGCAACAGAGUGGGCAGUGUGCGUAUGACGGCAGGUAA